AUGAUUUUGAAGCGUAGGCUAAGCGAUGCAGCGUCUGCUGUGGCUUCAACUGGCAAAAAGCAGCGUUCUCUAACAGAGUUCUUCAAUAUUUCUAAGCCUAAGGUAGUAUGCUCAUCACCAAAACAAAGCGAUAGUGCUGUUCAUACAGACACUUCUAUUAAAACCUCCAAUAAAGAAGAUAGUCAUGACUCUAAGGAACAAUUAGGUGGUGCUGAAGUUGAAAGUGGAAGCCAUGUGAAGUUCAUUGGAGAUUUUAAGAGUAAACUGACGCCAGAACAGGUCUCUUUGCUUUCGUUGGAGUUGGAAACUCUAGAGCCUAGCUGGCUUGUACGGCUCCAUAAGGAGCUUACGAUGCAUUAUUUUCUCCAGCUGAAGCGCUUUAUUGCUGCUGAGCAGAGCCAGUACCAGGUAUUUCCACCUCCAGAGGACAUUUACUCGUGGUCUAGGCUAUCGCCGUUUGAGAAAGUGCGCGUCGUGGUGAUUGGACAGGACCCAUAUCACAAUUUCAACCAGGCCCAUGGACUUGCAUUUAGUGUCAAACGGCCUACGCCUGCUCCGCCCUCAUUGCAGAACAUAUACAAGGAAUUGAAGAACAAUUAUUCGGAUUUCGAGGUAGACACGAAGAUAGGGGAUUUGUCCCACUGGUCCGAGCAGGGCGUGCUGCUAUUGAAUACCAGCCUCACUGUACGGGCACAUAAUGCGAAUUCCCACUCAAAAAAGGGCUGGCUGCCAUUUACUACACGGGUCAUCCAGUUGCUGGUGGAAGACCGAAAGCGAACUAAGCAGCCGCUCGUUUUUCUGCUAUGGGGUGGAAACGCGAUGAAGCUCGGUGAAAGGGUGCUUGGGAAUAAAGUCCCAGAUAACCUAUUAGUUCUCAAAUCGGUACAUCCGUCACCAUUGUCUGCCUCUCGGGGUUUCUUCGGCAACAACCAGUUUAGGAAGAUCAAUGAUUGGUUGUAUUCUAAGAAGCAUCCUAUGAUAGACUGGAGUGUAGUCCCGGGUACCAUGCUUAAAGAAGUCACCGAAGCUAAUAGGAGGCUACAAGAGACUCCAAAGGACUGA